AUGGUUGAGGAACAACGAGCCCAUUUUGAUGAUGAUGGCUUAAUUGAGGAUUCGAAGGAUGAGGCUGUUGUAGAAUCAGAGUUUGUUGUGUUUCAAGAAGUAAAUGUUGUCCAUGUAAAGAUUGAGUUUGUGUUUCAAGUGAAAACUGAGAUUGUGACGGAGAUAAAAAUUCAAGAGGACUAUUGUUUAAAAGAAAUCGAUAAUGUUGAAGAGAAAAAUUUAUCAUAUUUAUCAUCGUCACCAAAAAAGGAUUCUAGUGAAGAACUUGAUGAUAUUUAUGAAAAUAGUAAAGUUAAACGUUUCACACAAAUUCCUACUAUCAAUAAUACCGAAAAAGAUACGCCAGAAAGCCCUAUGAUUCUCACACCAAAUAAAACGAUAAUUUUUGAACAUAUGUAUGAUCAUAUUGUAAAGAAGUUGGAAUCCAUAUUCGAUGCAGAUCCUAGUGUCGUUGGAUCAAAAAUAAUAUUGGAAACAACAACACACUAUAGCGAUCAAUCAGAAACCGGAAGAAAUCCAAAAAUUUUUGAUCGUGAAAUCUCUGAGCGAACAUUUACUGUUGAAUGUAUGUCUCCAAUAUUCAAGUCAUUCAGAAAUGCAUUUCCGGAAAUCAAGUACGAUUGGAUUGAAAAAGAAGUGGAUUCAAUUAAGAUUGCCAAUAAAAUGUUUAUGACGCAAGCUAGAUUAAGAAAGACUGACCUUCUUGUCACCCAUUUGUAG